GUUCUUGGAGGAGCCAUUGGGGUGACCCCGUGAGGUCAUGCAUCAUGUGGAUGUCAUGAGUAUGGUAAUCCAAGAUGGAGCCAGUGCUCUGCUACGAGUCCAGAAACAGAUCAUGUCUGAGUACCAUCUACUCUUUACCCAUACAAAUCACUGUCUACAUGAUUCUAGGGGUGACAGUCAUUCUAACAGUGUUUGGCAACCUUUUGGUCACUGUUUCAAUUGCCUAUUUUAAGCAGCUUCAUACUCCGACCAAUUACUUGAUUUCCUCUCUAGCUGUAUGUGACCUUCUUUUAGGGCUAUUAGUCAUGUUCCCCAGUAUGGUUCAAUGCGUAGAGUCCUGCUGGUAUUUUGGUGACGUCUUCUGUAAAGUCUACAUGAGUUCUGAUGUCAUGUUAUGUACAACAUCAAUUCUAAAUUUGACAUUUAUAUCAAUUGAUCGCCACUAUGCCGUUUGCCAACCUUUACUAUACAGGAAAAAAAUGUCUGUUAAUGUUGUGUUGAUCAUGAUUCUGCUCAGUUGGACUAUUUCAUGCUUCAUUGGUUUUGGAAUGAUUUUUCUCAAGUUAAAUAUUUGGGAUAUUGAGGAAUUUUACAGUAACCACACUGUGUGUGAAGAGGAAUGUAUUUUAUUUCAGACUGGACUGUCAAGUAUAAUAUCAUCAGUGCUUUCAUUUUAUAUUCCAGGAAUAAUAUUGCUCAGCGUUUACCUUAAGAUUUUUUUAGUGGCCCGGAGACAGUUGCAUAGCAUACAGAUCGCAAGUCGUGUGUGCUGUGAAGGAAUAUCAAACAUGAACCAGAAAAAAGCCACUAAAACACUUGCUAUCAUAAUGGGGGCGUUUCUUUCUUUUUGGACUCCUUUUUUUGUCUGUAACAUCAUUGAUCCCUUUAUUGGUUACUCCACACCACCAGCAUUGUUUAAAACGCUUGUAUGGUUGGGCUACUUGAACUCUACUGUGAAUCCUUUCAUUUAUGCAUUCUUUUAUAGUUGGUUCAGGAAGGCACUUCAAUUAUUCACCUCGGGCAUCAUGUUUAAAGCUGAUGUUUCAGAAACAACUCUUUUCACAUUAUGAAUUGAAGCAAGUAAGAAAAGAGCAAAAAGAAGACAAAAAUCAUGUUAA